AUUAAAUAUUAUAAUAAUGACCACAGUUAAUGCUCCAAAAAUAAAUGAAUACAAGGAAGCUACUCGAGUUGAAAGAGUGGGUGCUCAAUCUCAUAUCAGAGGUCUAGGAUUAGAUGGUGAUCUUGAACCAAGAAAUAUAUCCUAAGGAAUGGUUGGAUAGGUACGGAAUAAUUAAAAAAUUUAACUUAGAAAAAAGCAAGGAAAGCAGCAGGUAUCAUUCUUAACACAAUACGUGCUGGUAAAAUAGCAGGAAGAAGUAUUCUGAUUGCUGGAUAGCCAGGAACAGGAAAGACAGCAAUUGCAAUGGGUAUUGCAAAAGCAUUAGGAAAUGAUAUUCCAUUUACAGCGAUGGCAGGUUCAGAAAUUUUCAGUCUUUAAAUGUCAAAGACUGAAUCUCUAACUUAGGCAUUCAGAAGAUCAAUUGGUGUGAGAAUAAAGGAAGAAACAGAAAUAGUGGAGGGAGAAGUUGUAGAAAUAGAAAUUGAUAAAUCUGCAACUUCAGGGGCAAAAACAGGAAAAAUAACUUUAAAAACAACAGAAAUGGAAACAAUAUAUGAUUUAGGAGCUAAAAUGAUAGAAUCAAUUACAAAAGAAAAAAUAUCCUCUGGAGAUGUAAUAACAAUUGAUAAAGUUUCUGGAAGAAUUAGUAAAUUAGGAAGAUCUUUUGCAAAAGCUUCUGAAUUUGAUGCUCUUGGUCCUUAAACAAGACAUGUUUAAUGUCCAGAAGGAGAAAUAGAAAAAAGAAAAGAAGUUGUUCAUACAGUUACAUUGCAUGAGAUAGAUGUUAUAAAUUCUAGAUAGAAAGGAUUUUUAGAUUUAUUUUCAGGAGACACAGGUGAAAUAGAUCCAGAAAUAAGAGAUUAAAUAGAUUCUAAAGUUGCAGAAUGGAAAGAAGAAGGAAAAGCAGAUAUUGUUCCUGGAGUCUUAUUUAUUGAUGAAGUUCAUAUGUUAGAUAUUGAAUGUUUUUCAUUUCUUAACAGAGCUUUAGAAUCAGAUAAAGCACCUAUUGUAAUCUUAGCUACAAAUAGAGGCAUAACUAAUAUUCGUGGAACUAAUUAUAAAGGGUAAAUAUAACAUAUUAAUAAAUUUAGACCGCAUGGACUACCAAUAGAUCUUUUGGAUAGAUGUUUAAUUAUUUAGACAGAACCAUAUAAUGAAGCAGAAAUAAGAAGCAUUCUUGAAAUCAGGUAUCAAAUAAUUUUAAAAAUAGAUGUGAAGAAGAAGAUGUUGAAAUGACUGAAGAAGCAAAAGAAGUCUUAACCAAAAUUGGAGUAGAUACAACUUUAAGAUAUUCUAUUUAAUUAAUUACAACUGCUAAUUUAGUUGCAUAAAAGAGAAAAUCUAAUGAAGUGGAUGUUGAAGAUGUUAGAAGGGUAAAUUAUAAUUAGUAUUUUAGGUAUAUUCAAUGUUCAUUGACCAUGUUAGAUCCACAUAAUAUUUGAGAGAUCAUUAAGCAGAGUAUAUGUUUGAUGAAUACUAAAAGCAAACAUAAAAGAUGUAAGUUGAAUGAUAUAUAAAUAUUCAUAUAAGUA